GGAGGAGGAGGAGGAGGAGAAGGAGAAGGAGGAGGAGUAGAAGGAAGAGGAGGCCGUGCCCCUGGCGGGUCAGGCAGCUGGAGGGCCUGCCGGCCUGGGGGCAAUGACCGCACUGGGGCAGAUGGCAGCGCACCGCCGCUGAGCGCGCCCACCGUUCCCCGGCUGCCCGUCCUGCCCGCUGCCCAGCCCAGUGCCCAGUGCCCUGCCCAGCCGGGCACCAUGGGCACGGGGGACUACAUCUGCCUCUCCAUGAGCGGAGGGCCUCCGUGGGGCUUCAGGCUGCAAGGUGGCCAGGACCAGCAGCGGCCCCUGCAAGUCGCCAAGAUUCGCAACAAGAGCAAAGCCUCUGGAGCAGGGCUACAGGAAGGGGACGAGGUCAUAGCCAUCAACGGAAAUCCCUGCACGGAGCUGACCUACCCCCAGGUCAUUGAACUAAUGGAGAGCAUCACCGACUCCCUCCAGAUGCUUAUUAAAAGACCCUCCGGUGCCGCCUCCGAGACCUCGGGCAUCGAAGCAGAAAGCGGAAAUCCCGACAAGCUCCAAAGCGAGGUCUGCUUGAAGAGCACGACCCUGCAGAUCAGACCGGCGCCCCAGACCCUUUACAAAGAGCUGCUCGUCACCCAGGAGCAGAGUGGAGAUCUCUGCGGGGGCCCGCAGCAAGAAAUAGUUCAGAGCUUCCGGAUUGCGCCCCGAGUGACCGACCCGCUGCAGGGGUGCUUGUCGGAUAAGGCCGAAGAGGGAAGGCCAGGUGCUCUGGUGGAGCUGCAGUUGUCCCUCUCACAUGACAGACCCAAGGGCACCAGUGCCGUUGGGAUUCUCCCGGGUGCCGAGGCGCGGAACUCUCCCGCCUCUGACCCUGGCUUGCAGCAGGGAGCCGAUGCAAGUCCCCGGAGUGAAAGAGAAGGCCCUCCCCAGUGGUCUGGUAAAGUCAUCCAGAUUGCUAGGGGCAAGGAGUUUAAGGUGAUCCAGGGGGCUGAAGCGGAAGAACCGCGGUUCUCUAGGGUGGAGGUGAUCCUUGACUGCUCUGCCAGGGAGAAGGCGGAAGGGACCAGAUCCCAAGCAGGAAAGGGGAGUGUUGAUUCUCAAGUGGAAGGGGGCCAGUCAGAAGCACCUCCUUCCCUGGUCUCCUUUGCAGUCUCAUCAGAAGGCACAGAGCAGGGAGAAGAUCUACACUCUGAAAGGAAUCACACCAGACCUCACAAGCACAGGGCGAGGCAUGCGAGGCUCCGGCGGAGUGAAAGCCAGUCGGAGAAGCAGGUGAAAGAAGCCAAGUCUAAAUGCAAAAGCAUAGCCCUUCUGCUCACGGCCGCGCCCAACCCCAACUCCAAGGGAGUGUUGAUGUUUAAGAAGCGCCGGCAGAGGGCCAGGAAAUACACCCUUGUCAGCUACGGCACCGGGGAGCUCGAGAGGGAGGCGGACGAGGAGGAAGGAGACGCCAGGGACGAGGCCUUCGAGGUGACGUUCCUGGGGACGAGCGAAUCGGAGGUUGAUGAAGAAUUACCCUCUGACAUUGACAACGAAGCUCAGAUCGUGACCUUCGACUGGGACUCUGGCCUGGGGGACAUCGAGAAGAAGCCAAAGAGCGGAGGCGACAUGCAGACGCUGCCGGACAGCACGGGCAAGGGGGCAGUCAUGUUUGCCAAGAGGAGGGAGAGGAUGGAUCAGAUCACCGCCGAGCAAGAGGGCCCGAGGCCGGGCAGGGAGGCAGAGGUGGCCUGCUCGGAAGCCACGAGGACGGUAACUUCCUACCGGAGGACUGAAGAAGAGGUGACCCGGAGCCAGAGUUCCAUGAGCAAGAGUUCCGUCGAGGUGAGCCGCGGCCCCAGCCAAACGGUGCAGCACAACGGCUUCGCAGGGGCCGCCGAGGCCCAGAGGGGGAUGGCUUCCAACAGGACCGCCAAGCCUUUCCCAGGAUCCGCGGGCCGGGCGGCCACCGCCCCAUUCUCCCCAACCAGGAGCGUGACGAGCCCCCUCUCCGACUUCCCCGCCCCACCCCCCUACUCGGCCAUCACCCCACCCCCUGAAACCUUCCCCACGGGAGCCUGGAGCCCCGGAGCUGGCCCUGUUCCACCAGCCCCGUGGGCAGCCCCGGCCCUGUGGACUCCCUACGAGUCAUCCGAGAGGAUCGCCUCCCGGGAUGAGCGCAUCGCCGUGCCGGCUAAGAGGACUGGAAUCCUGCAGGAGGCCAAGCGGAGGAGCGGCACGAAGCCCAUGUUCACCUUCAAGGACCCCCCCAAAGUCAGCCCCAACCCAGAACUCUUGUCACUCGUCCAGAAUGCGGAGGGCAAACGGGGCCCUGGGGCUGGCUUUGAGUCUGGGCCCGAGGAAGACUACCUCAGCCUGGGGGCCGAGGCCUGUAAUUUCAUGCAGACCCAUGCCUCCAAACAGAAGACUCCCCCUCCCGUUGCUCCAAAGCCCUCUGCCAAAGCCUCCCCAUCCCAGCCCGGAACACCCACGUCGCCGGUCUGGGCCCCUUCAGCAGCGCCUUCCAGCCAGCCUCCCAUCUUCCCCGCCGCCCCACCAGCCCAAGGCCCGGCAGCAUCCCCCAUCAAAGUCGCCCAGCCGUCUCACCCCCCGAACCGGCCCCCGAGUACCCUUAGCGUAGCCAGUCCCUUCUGGGGGCCUCAAGCUGGGGCGGCCGGUCAGAACUACCCUCCCAAGACGACCCCUUUGCCAUCAGCUGGGAGCGUUGCCCAGGCAGGGGGAGGAGGGCCGUCCGGUGAGCUGCCCGGCAUGAGCGGGAAAGGAGCUCAGCUGUUUGCCAAAAGGCAGUCGCGGAUGGAGAAGUACGUGGUGGACUCGGAAACCGUGCAGGCCCACAGGGCCCGAGCUCCCUCCCCCACGCCUUCUUUACCAGCUUCCUGGAAGUACUCCUCCAACGUGAGAGCCCCUCCACCCGUUGCCUACAACCCCAUCUACUCGCCCUCCUACCCGCUGGCCGCCAUCAAGUCCCAAGCCCCGGUGGCCUCCAAGGCAACGCCCAAAAAGGCCAAGAAACCCCUCAAUGCCUUGGAGGUCAUGAAGCACCAGCCCUAUCAGCUCAACGCCUCUCUGUUCACCUUCCAACCGCCUGGGGUGAAGGACUGCCCGGCCGCGAAGCCACCUGUCAAGUUCGACCCCCCGCCUGGCUCCAAGCGGGCGCUCCCGACGCGGCCGGCCGAAGCCGGCUCGCCAGUCACCUAUAGAGUCUCGUCGGAGUACUCCGUGCCGGCCUAUGGGUUCCAGCCUCCCUUCCGCCCUGAGGCGGCCAGGCCAGCCAGCGCCUCCCCAGGGCCCGUGAGCAGCCCCUCCUCUCCCAAGCAAGCGUCGGCCACGGCCUCUUAUUUCGUGGCUCCGAGGCCCAAGUUCUCAGCCAAGAGGGGUGGUGUCACGGCCCAGGAGUGUGGACGCUCGCUUUCACUUCCUGGGAGACCGGUGGCCCUUGUUCUCUCACCUACUUCUCCUUUGGUGUUCCAGUCUGCCCCUGACUACAUUGGCCAGCCAGACCCGGGACUGGAGAAAAUCAGCAAGAGAUUAACUCCUUGGGAAGCAGCAGCCAAGUCCCCUCUAGGGCUAGUGGAUGACGCCUUUGGGCCCAGGAAUAUCCAAGAGUCCAUCGUGGCAAACGUGGUAUCAGCCGCCCGAAGGAAAAUAAUGCCAGAGCCACCGGAGUAUUGGAAGCAGAGAGUUUCCUACCCACCCCAGGCUCUGAAAGCCACACUAGGCCCACUGGGAAGAAGAGAGUCCAGCUCCGUAUCAGCACCAAGGAGCAACAUGGCGGUCCCUCUUGCCAGCCUCCCAUAUGGGAUCGACGCAAUUGAUUGAAUUAUGGAAAACACCACAUUAAACGCUACACGGUUGAAGCUACAACUCUCGGUAGACAUCACCGGGAUGUGCAACAGAAGUUAAUCAUCAAUGUUAUAAAUCCACACUUUCUACAUUUUGCAGUUGGAAUUGUUUACUGGAGUUUUUGUGAGUUUGCCAUAUCAUGAAACCAAGCUAUCUGCCUCUGAUUGCCUGACACUGAAAGUACUAACUGAAAAGUAUUAACUGUAAGCAGUCCAUCUUGUGAACAAGGCAUCAUGGGUCUUACUAAGGCUAAAAUAGAUGUGGGGAAUACACACUGUUCUAUUUUCCCUUCCUCUUUCCCUAAAUAAACCUUGCCACAGCCAAUAUCCAAGUCAACCAUUCACUUGGAAAUAAGAUGACAGGAGGCUUCCAUCAUAAGAGAUGGACAAGCUUCAGGCCAGUUAUGAAAACUUCAGGAUGGAGAACCUGCACGCAGAAACUGAUUACAGUGCUAGCGGUUUGCACAGUGCCAUUCUCGCUUUCUCACUUCUGCCAGUCGUGUUCCUACCAGGAUCGUUGAAAACAUGAAAUAAAGAGCAGACAUAUCAUUGGUGUGGUUGACCAUUGAUGAGACUGCUUAAAUAUUUUAUCAGUGAGGCGUGCUUGAACAAGUGACAGGGGAAGUUUGUGGUUAAUGAUCAUGCUUCUAAAUGAUGAGAAGCACAGAGGUUAAAAAAAAAAGUUCUAACAGGAAUGGGGGAAGAAGAGGAUGGUUGUCGGGUCACCAAAGAAGAUACCAAGGGUCUCAGGGAGUGGUAAAAUGGGAGAAGCUUGGAGGCAAUUGCUGUUGACCGAAGAAAAAAGCAGAGAGCAGGGGGUGGGGGUGGGGCUGAGUGGUGUAGCCCCUCCUCGAUCCAUUCUCACACAGACAGGGGCCUGUUGGCCCUCCAACCAGCCCUCUCCCCUCCCUCCUCUCUAAGAAGAACCUUGGAAUCCUAAAUGUUUUUGUGGAAUCCUAAAGAGGAAAGUCCAUUCGUCGGUGAGCCCUUUCUUUCCUAGGUAGGAUUCUAGCUAUCAAUUAAAUCCACUUGUCAGUGUUUUUAAGAUUUAAGCAAUUUUAAGAGCAUUUACUAGUUUGCUGCUUUUAUUUUAUCAUUGUCUGCAAAUAAGUUCAUUUCAAUCAGUUGAUAGGAUCAGAACUGUAUCACCAGAAAAUCCACUGUCAGUGAACAAUAACUAUGUUAAAGUUUCUUGUUUUUCAGUGUACCUAAAAAUGAUAGCUUGUUUUUACUAUUAUUAGUGUAGAACAAUUGAGCUCCCUCUGCCUGCAUCAGAACAAGAAGUCCACUUUUGUUCUACCCUAUGAUAAACUUUCAAAGUUGCAACUUCCAGGCAUCAAGGAUACGGUGAAGCUUUGGACUAAAGAGUUCAUUUUUCACUCGCAAGAAAAUAUGAAUCUAGUCAUUUUUGCUAUACUGCAGUGGUUGUCUUCUUCAACAACCUCAUGUUAUGGGAAAACCAGCAUUAUGGUAAUCAGUGAUUCAGUGGGAAUGAAUGGAUGACUGAAAUCCAUUCAGUGAAUGGAUCCUCUAGACUGUAAACUCAGUGGGGGCAGGGAAUGU